CUGCAGCUCCACCAAUGAGGUGAAGAACCUGCUGCAGUACCUCCCCCGGGCCAGCGAGCCGCGGGAGAUGCUGUUCGAGGACCGGACGCGUGCCCACGCCGACCACAUCGGCCAGGGCUUCGAGAGGCAGACCACGGCCGCCGUGGGGGUGCUGAAGGCCGUGGGGUUCGGAGAGGGCUCGGAGCCCCCCCGUGUCACCAAAGACGUCAUUUGUUUCCAUGCCGGUGAUUUCCCUGACGUAGUGCAGAGACUACAGCUGGAUCUCUACGAGCCUCCACUGUCUCAGUGCGUGCAGUGGGUGGACGACGCUAAGCUGAACCAGCUGCGGCGGGAGGGCGUGCGCUACGCCCGCAUCCGGCUGUGCCACGACGACGUCUACUUCAUCCCCCGCAACGUGGUGCACCAGUUCAAGACGCUGUCGGCCGUCAGCAGCCUGGCCUGGCACGUCCGCCUGCAGCAGUAUCACCGCGGCAACGGGGACGAGGGGGAGGGGGGGGAGGAGGAGGGGGAGGGGGGGGGCACCGGGGACCAGGAGGGGGAGGGGGGCAGGAGGGGUCCGCCGGUGGAAGGGGAGGAGGAGGGGGAGGGGGGGGAGGAGGUGUGUGCUCCUCCGCUGCACUCCUCUGGACGGGGGCGGCGGGAGCAGAGGGCGGGAGGCGGGGGAGGGGGAGGAGGGGGGGGGGGGGAGGGGGGGUUCUCCUUCUGAUCCUCCUCCACCGACGGAGGCCGAGAGCUCCGCCUCCUCCCCUGGCGAGGACACGUCGGCCCUGAUCCCCCCCCCUCCUCCCCCUGCUGCCCCCCCGCUCUCCUCACCUCCUCAUCAGGACGCCAACCCUAAAGGGC